AUGGCACCCACCCUGCUCAUGGCUGGGUCCCAGAUCAGACUUAAUGCCCCUGUGACAUUUGAGGAUAUGGCUAUGUACCUCACUCGGGAAGAAUGGAGACCUCUGGAUCCUACACAAAGAGACCUUUACAAGGACGUGAUGCAGGAGAAUUACAGAAAUGUUGUCUCACUGGACUUUGAGAUCAGGAGCGAGAACAAAACAAAUCUGAAAGAAGAGCUUAGUGAAGAUAUGGAGUUUGUGACCAUGUCCGAAGAGCUUAUUGGGGAUGCUGAGAAGAACCCGGAAAGCGAAGAAGUCUUUGAAAGUGGGGACAGGUCUGAAAGACAGUGGGGAGAGCUGACCGCAGAGGAGUGGGUCAGCUACCCUCUCCAGCAGGUCACUGACCUGCUGGCCCACAAAGAAGUUCACACAGGCAUCCGCUAUCACAUAUGUUCUCAGUGUGGGGAGGCCUUCAGUCAGAUUUCAGACCUCAAUCGACACCAAAAAACGCACAUGGGAGACAGACCCUACGAAUGCGGCAAGAGCUUCAGCCGCAGCUCCCACCUUAUCCAGCAUCAGAGACACACACACACGGGCGAGCGGCCCUAGGACUGCAACAGGUGCGGGAAGAGCUUUGGGAGGAGCUCUCACCUCAUUCAUCACCAGACAAUCCACAUCAGGGAGAAGCCCCACAAGUGUAACGAGUGUGGGAAGAGCUUCUGCCGGCUCUGCCACCUCAUCCAGCACCAGAGGACCCACAGCGGGGAGAAGCCCUAUGAGUGCGAGGAAUGCGGGAAAAGCUUCAGCCGGAGCUCGCACCUGGCUCAGCACCAGAGGAUGCACAAGAGCGAGAAGCCUUACGAGUGUAAAGAGUGCGAGUGUAAAGAGUGCGGACGGGGCUUCAGCGAGCGCUCCGACCUCAUCAAGCACUACCGCGUGCACACGGGGGAGAGGCCCUACAAGUGUGAGGAGUGCGGGAAGAACUUCAGUCAGAACUCUGACCUGGUGCAGCACCACAGGGCCCACACCGGGGAAAAGCCGUACCACUGCAACGAGUGCAGGGAGAACUUCAGCCGCAUCUCGCACUUGGUCCAGCACCAGCGGACACACACGGGAGAGAAGCCCUAUGAGUGUGUGCAGUGUGGAAAGGGGUUUACACAAAGCUCCAACCUCAUCACCCAUCAAAGAGUUCACACGGGAGCGAAGCCUUACGAAUGUACCGAGUUGUGGUACGCCUUUGCUCAACACACUCAUCUUCAAAUACAUAAAAGAACACAUACUGGAGAGAAACCCUAUGAAUGUAGUCAGUGUGGUAAGGCCUUUGUUCAACACAGUCAUCUUAAAGUGCAUAAAAGAACACAUACUGGAGAGAAACCCUAUGAAUGUAAUCAGUGUGGUAAGACCUUUGCUCACCAUAGUGCUCUUCAAAACCAUGAAAGAACACAUACUGGA